AACUUCUGAAAAAUAAAGUAGUAAAUAUUCACUAAAACUUUUGAAAAAUAUCUGUUGUCUGCAUACAUUUGACCGGGAAAUCUUAUACUUUAUGAAUAGAAAAAUAGCACUGUGCUGUCUAAGGAAUUCCUCAGAAAAUUCAACAGGUUCCUCAAAACAAUUAGUUUUAUGAAACUUAGAGUCAGUGGAUGGAAAUGUGGGUAACAGAAUGCAACCUGUUGGUGCAUUAAUUAGGGCACUAGCUUUUUGUGGUGGAGAGAAAUCCUAGAUAGGAAACACUUGUGUUUAUCAAGUAUCUUAUUUGACAAAUGUGAUUAUUUCCAAGUAAUAUUUAAUAGCAUUUGACAUACUGUGUAGUUAGCCCUUGGUUUCCAGUGCUCCUUAAUUUUCCCAAGCCCUAGUCACCUACCAGAUUGAUUUGUUUAAUAUUUGGAGUUAAGUUACUAGGGCCAGAAGAAUAGUAAGAUCUGAGUUUACAGGGCUAUUAAUAUUUGAUUUUGCUUGUAUACUGUUACUUUAUACUAUUCAAGUCACUCUGUAUGUCCUUACAGGCAAUUAUUUGGUCUCUAAACGCAGGGGCCAUCCAAAGGCAGCACAGAUAUAACAUUAGAAUCUUUACACAAAAUUUUCACAAUAAGAGCACAUAUUCAAAAUUCUUUAGAUUAAAAUCUCCCUUGGGGAGAAAGUGUUCAUGGUGCCGGACACAGUGUAGUUAUGACUACCUCUGUAGUGUCCGUUUGUAAAUCUUGUAAGUUAUUUAGACUGGUCUGUAGUGCACUUGGGCACUAUUAAGUUUAGCUAGAGGGAGGGGCGCCUGGGUGGCUCAGUUGGUUGGGUAACCGACUUUGGCUCAGGUCAUGAUCUCACAGUUUGUGAGUUCGAGUCCCGCGUCAGGCUCUGUGCUGACAGCUCAGAUCCUGCAGCCUAUUUCAGAUUCUGUGUCUCCCCCUCUCUCUACCCUUCCCCUGCUCACGCUCUGUGUCUCUCUGUCUUUCAAUAAUAAAUGUUAAAAAAAAAUUAAAAAAAAAGAUUAGCUAGAGAGAUGCCUGGGUGCCUCAGCCGGUUAAACGUCUUACUCUUCAUUUCGGCUCAGGUCAUGAUCUCAGUUUGUGAUAUUGAGCCCUGUGUGGCCUCCACGCUGACAGCAUGGGGCCUGCUUGGAAUUCUCGCUCUCCUUUUCCCUGCUUUCUCGCUGUCUUUCUCCUCUCUCUCUCUCAAAAAAAAAAAAAAAAAAAAAAAAAAAGAGCUAGCCUCAGUAAGAAGACAAUACCAUUUCGUGAAGGUAGUAAGGAAUGAGUAGCAAGAACGCACCAUCAAAUAAAUAAAAUGAAUCUGGUAGGAGCCUCCUUGUGUUUGUACUUCUGGUUCAGGGUACUAUGUAGAGAAAAAACGAACAAUCACGUUCUGAGUUUAUUUGGGUGAAAAAGUUUGAGUCCUGUAAGAACAAUAUUACUCCAUAUGCAUUUGAAUAGGCUUACUAUGUGCUUGGCCAGUCUAUUUUUAGUUUAAAAUUCUCUUGGGAGAAAAGAGAAAAUGAAAUCUGUAUGGGGUCUGGCACAUUCUGUCUUGAGUAAACAACGUCCUGAGGAAUUCAGGCCCUAUCUAUUCUGGGACCAUGGGUCUUGGCCUAGAUAUGAGGAACCUCACAAGCAUGGAAUGAAGGAAUGGAGAUACUUUUUUCUCAAGAAAAUAAACAUGAAAAUAACCUAUUCUCCAAGUCAUAAAGAUAUCAUUUGAAAAUGGAAAGGGGUACACUUUUUAAAAAUGGAUAGGGAACAUAAUUAUUUAUGCUUUUAAAUUUAGAAAAAAAAUGUCUCAGUACCCCUGAUAGCAUAAAUUAUCAUGGUAAAAAAUUCAUUUUUUAAAAAAGUCUAUUGAUUUAUUUUGAGAGAGUAAGAGUGCAAGUGGGGGAGGAGCAGAGAGAAAGGAAGAGAAAGAAUCCCAAGCAGACUCCAUGCUGCCAAUACAGAGCUGGACGCAGGACUCGAACCCACAAUUCUUGAGAUCAUGACCUGGGCCUAAAUCAAGAGUUAGACCCUCAACCAAUGGAGCCAUCCAGGUGCCCUAGUCAGAAAUUCAUUUUUAUAUUUGAUUCAGAUCCGGCACACCCAUGUGUUACACAAAUUGCCACAAAACUGUACUUAGAAAAUAUCUCAAGUUCAAUUAAAGAAAUGGCUGAGGGUUUAUUAAAUACUCCCCAAACACACCAUUGGGUUGCAAACUGCAUUUCAAUAACCACGAAUCUGGACUUUGAUUUCUCUUUUAUCUUCUUGAAAUUUUCCAUUAAACUUGUUUCUUUUUUUGGCUCUGAGUUUUCAGAUAUUAUCAUGAAGUGAAAACUCCAGUUUCUGACUUUGAAUUCAGAAGAUCAUCAACUACAUUGCUAUUCAGAUAUUUAGUGCUGAAACAUUUUUGUUGGAGAAAUGUCUUCAGAAUCAGAAAAAGAUAGAGACAGGCUGGUUCAAGCUGCCCAAAAGUUCUUCUUUCAUAUGCAAGAUCUUGCUUCCUUCACUAACAUACUUAUUGAAUUGUUUAACUGCAGUCUGAAUACUCAGAUCAACCACAUGACUGUGAAAGAAGAUGAUAAUAUUAAGGAUGUCUUUGAACAAAUGUUCAAAAUUUUAAAGGAGAUGCAAUCUGUACUGGAGGCAAAGUAUGACCAAAUGCAAAAGGAACCUUUAUGUUCCCAGAUUGCAACAGCUGUUUGUUCCAUAGUUGAGAAGAACACCAAUGUAAAGGAGUUGCAUCAGUCAGCUAAAGAAAUGUUCAGAAAUGUCCACACACCAGUCAUUGUCUCUGUGCUGAAUAGUAGUAACAUCUUGGGGAGUUUAGAAUCUUCUGUCUCACCCUUGAUGAAAUAUCCCAUCAUGAAUCUUCGGUUAAGUGACCUCUAUAGAAAAGACACCAAAGAGCAAUCAGAUGCCACCACAUCUGAGAAAAGCACAAGUCCAGGGCCACCCCAAAUCAGUACAAUAGACACCUUGAAGAAGUUGCAGGGUGCGCCGAAAACUGAGCAAACCAAGAAUACCAUCAAGUCCACUGCAGAUCAGCUGGAGCAAAUUGUCAAAGCUUUGCUACCAAUCUUAGAGGUCCUCCAAAAAGUCAUAAGCACUAUGGAAACCAAGACGCCUGUGUCUAAGAAGACCAAUGACCAGUAGGAGUGCUCAUUUCUGUCAGAGAAUCAGUUUGAGUCCUGUGACAUUUUGGAGUAUGUUCUAAGACCUUUCAUGCUAGAAAUGUGUUAUGUUGAGACAUAAGUGCAAAGAGUAGUCACCCAACAGACCAUUUACCUUGAAUUUUGCUUUAUUCAAAUAAAAAUAAUCAAAGAAAGCCUGCUUGAAGUGGCAGUUACUAAAGAUAACAUUUUGUUCAGAAAAGCAAGGUAAUGUGUUAUGUUUGAGGAUGUUUCUAAACAUUACCUGUCAUCUUAAAACAGUUAAAAUAACCCCAAACUAAUUUCCACCCUCAGUAAUUUUUUUUUUUUUAACAUUUAUUUACCUUUGAGAGACAGAGAGAGACAGAAUGUGAGCAGGGGAAGGGACAGAGAGAGAGGGAGAUGCAGAAUCAGAAGCAGGCUCCAGGCUCUGAGCUGUCAGCACAGAGCCUGACAUGGGGUUCAAACACAUGCACCAUGAGAUCAUGACCUGAGCUGAAGUCGUACACUUAACCAACUGAGCCAUCCAAGCACUCCCACCCUUAGUAAUUCUAUUUCUAGAUACUGCAGUGCGAAAUCCAGGUAAAUGUCAAUGUUAUCAUUAGAUAAUCUGGCAGAAACUACUGUUGAGACAGGACACGUAUAAAAUAAACUUCUGCAUUUCUGUCCCUUAUAUACCCAUCUCUGAAACAUUAAUGCCUUAACUCUUAUAUACCAUCACUAAAUACUUUUGGUAUGAUUUAUCCAGAAGUUAUUGAUUGAUUGAUUGAUUUUUUAAUGUUUAUUUUGUAUUUUU